AGUGCUGGAAUUACAGGUGUGAGCCACUGCAGCCGGCCUCUUUCUCUUUUUUUAAGACAACCUGCUGGUGUUCUAUUUAAGUAUGCUUAUGGUGUAAGAACUAACAUUUACAUACUUGCUCAUUUCCCCACUGUAGUCUCUGUAAAAAUGAUGAAAUCUACUGCAAAAACAAACUUUUUAUUGAAAACUGUUCCAUUUAACAGUAUUCAAUAAAAACUCAGUGAGUUUUAGCAUAUAUGUAGAUUUCUGUAACACUGCUACAAUCUAUAACCAUAGAGCAGCAAACAAAGACUUUCAAAUUCUGUGAUUUAUAAGUUUAAAAAUAUUAAAGGAAAAAAGUCAAGAAAUACCCAACUCAACUUUUUAAAGUACAAAGACUUGAGCAGGUAUUUUACAAAGAAUGAUAUUCAAAUGCCCAAGUGUUGUAUGAAAUGAAUUUUAUGAUUUCUUAUAAAGUGAUAUGAAAAAGCUAUUCAACAUCAUUACUGAUCAGGUGAAUACAAAUGAAAACCACAAAUUUAUACAUCUAGGCUUCCUCCAGAGGGAUUUAAAUGAAAAAGAAUGGCCAUGAUAGUUGUUUUUAAGAAAGUGAAUCAACUAGAACUUACAAAGUUUCCAGGUGGGAAUAUAAAUUGAUUUAACCACUUUGGAAGAUGGCUUGGCUCUAGGUACUGGAGCUAAGUAUACACUCCCCCAAUCCAUGACCCAAAAAUUCUACUGCUAGACAUGCACUCAAGAGAAAUGAGUGUCUAUACCACCAAAUGCAUGUACUAGAAAGUUCUGCUUUCUCAAAUUCUUUAGCAACCAAUUAUCCCACUGAUUGUGUCUUCUGUCUCCCUUUCUGACAACUUGUAAGCUUGUGUGGUUUGUAAUGUCUUAGUGUAAUUUUCAUUCAUAAUUAUUUCUGUAUGAGAGUCCAGUAUGCCCUAAAUCUUGAGGGGCUUCACUAGUCGAACUUAGGAAUUCCUCCAGUGGGUAGCAAAAAUACAGACUUCCUAGCUGCACAUAAAAAAUGUCCCGUUUUGGUCCAGCUGCAAAAGUGGCAAGAAGCCCCUGAAACAGCCCAAGAAGCAAGCCAAGGAGAUGAAUGAGAUAAGGCUUUCAAGAAGAAAUAAGAGGAACAGAAGAAACUGCAGGAGCUAAAAGCAAAGUUCUCAUGGAAGUGUCCCCUGGCUACAGGUAGAAUUAAGAAGUCCGGCAAAAAGUAAGCUGUUCCUUGUUCCUGAGCCAGGUGAAAAUGGGUCACUCAAGGCUGCUACAGGCAUGGGAGUCCCUGCAGGGCAACAGUGCAGACCCAGGACCAGUGCAAUGGAGACAGCCUGCGGAGUCCUUGGUGACCUUGCAUAAAAGCUGAUCUAUAAACAGCGGAGGACCAGACCUCACCUUGGCUUGGAGAUGGCUUCGCCACAGCAGGAGCCCAAACCGGGAGACCUGAUUGAGAUUUUCCGCCUUGGCUAUGAGCACUGGGCCCUGUAUAUAGGAGAUGACUACGUGAUCCAUCUGGCUCCUCCAGUGAGAAUGCCUCUGAUUGCAGAUGGGUACCCCGCGGCUAGCUCCUCCAGUGCCUUCUCAGUCGCGGGCGGCAUUGCAGUGGUGAAACAGGAGCUCCUGAAAGAUGUGCUGGAAGGCUGUAAGUAUCGGGUCAACAACAGCUUGGACCGUAGGUUCGAACCACUGCCCGUGGGGGUGAUCAUCAGUUCUGCCAAGGAGUUGGUUGGUCAGAAGAUGAAGUACAGUAUUGUGAGCAGGAACUGUGAGCACUUUGUCACCAAGCUGAGAUAUGGCAGGUCCCACUGUCAACAGGUGGAAAAUGCCGUGGCUGAUGUCGGUGCGUUCGCGAUAAUUGGAGCGGCUGUUGCUGGAUGCUCUUUUGCGAUUAUGAAAUACCAAAAGUGACAGCCUGAAGCAGCCACAAAAUCCUGUAUUAGAAGCAGAUGUGGGGGUCCCAGUGGAGAUGUGGGGGUCCCAGGCCUCCCCCACACCUCCAGCAGCCUGACCCUCGUGCUCUGUCUCAGGCUCUCUCUAGAUCCUUUCGUUUCCUUCUCUCGCUGGUGAAAGUAUGAUCUAAUUGAAAUAAGAUUGAAGGAUCAAUAAACAGCCAUCUGCCCCUUCA